AUGAAAAAGCUUGACGAUGCACAUGAUCUGGAGAUCACAAAGAUUCUUGCAAAGGUGAUGCAAAGCAGCUAUAAGAAGAAGCAAGUGAAUGAGAUUGUUUCAAGAGUAGUGCAGAAAAUUGAAGCAGUCAUUCAUUUGCACGACAACAGUCAAAUCAUCGAGUCAUUGAAGUCUGAGUUUGCGGCUCUGAAGCAAGAAGCAUACUCAUUUAUGAAGCCAUAG